UAGCUAAUAGAAAUGGAGAAGUUAGAUCUUAUUGCUUCUGAUAGUCAAUCUGACGAUUACAGCGACGAUGGCGUUGAACAGGAUGAGUUUGACCUCGAUACCGCUGAACCGGAAGGCAUUGUGGAAGAUGGCGAUGAAACCUAUCUGGACGAUAUAGACUCUGGCGAUCUUCACAGCAAAGUUGAUUUAACAGAUUUAUCUGCUGUUAAGAGUCGUAUUGAGAGUAUAUGUGGUCUCUUGUCUAAUUGGUCUGCUGCGUCAAAGGCUGGCAUAGCUACAAAAAAACGAGGAUCUUAUUUGCGUGAGCUUCAGGAGAUGGUAACUGCUUACUAUGGAUAUUCGGAUGAGAUGUCAGAUUACUUUCUUAAGCUUUUUAGUCCAACUGAGGCAAUUCAGUUUUUUGAGGCUAAUGAAAGACCUCUUCCAAUGACGUUGCGUGUGAAUACCUUGAAGACGCGGCGUAAGGAGUUGGCCGCUGCGUUAAUCGCUCGUGGUGCCAAUGUUGACCCGGUAGGGGAUUGGAGCAAGGAAGGCUUAGUUGUGCAUUCUUCGCAAGUACCUAUUGGUGCUACACCGGAAUACUUAGCUGGUCACUACAUGAUGCAAUCGGCAGCUUCUUUGAUUCCAGUACUAGCUCUAUCACCUAAAGACGGUGAAAAGGUUCUUGACAUAGCGGCAGCUCCUGGUGGAAAGACAACUCACAUAGCUCAAAUGAUGAACAAUGGUGGUAUACUAUAUGCAAACGAUUUUAACAAGGAGCGUUGCACGGCUCUGGUCGCCAAUAUCCAUCGCCUUGGUAUAACGAAUACCAUCGUGACGAAUUACGACGGUUUGGAUCUAAAGGGUAUUUUACCACCACUGGAUCGUGUUCUCUGCGAUGCGCCAUGCUCCGGUCUUGGAGUCAUUUCUAAGGACCCUUCUGUAAAGGUGAAGCGUACACUUAUGGAUUUGAAGCAGAACGCGGAUCUGCAGAAGCGUCUUUUGCUUUGUUGCAUUGAUAUGUUAUCGGUAAACGUGAAGAAAGGGAACUGCGUGGUCUACUCUACUUGUAGUAUAUCGGUUGAGGAGAAUGAGCAGGUGAUAGAUUACGCUUUAAGGAUGCGUGAUGUGAAAUUGGUACCGCUCGGCGUUGAAGCUGGAUCUCCAGCCCUUUCUAGUUUCAGGGGACGUCACUUUCAUCCAUCCAUUGGUCAGCAUGCUCGUCGAUUCUAUCCUCAUCUACACAACCUAGAUGGUUUCUUUGUUGCCAAGCUGGUUAAGCUAAGCUCCAAAAUACCUACUUUAACGAAACGAUACCGUGAGCCGCGUCGCAAUGCACCGGAGGACAGCACGUCUCAAUCUAAUACAGACGAAGUAAAAAUUUCCAAAGCAAUGCCUGGUGCCUCGAUAGGACGCCAGUCGCAUUCGGCUAAUGUGACUGCUAAGGGUAAUAAACAUGCAAAAGAUUCACAUUCUAAGCAAAGCGCUAAGAAUAAGGGUGGUUUAAAGUCCAGCGGCGUCAAAAAGAACGCCAAGGCCAAUCGCAAGGUAGCAAAGCCAUCAUCUAAGCACAGGCGCUAGGCCAGUAUAUGC